AUGCCUCCCAAGAGCAAGAAAGAAGCAAAAGCAAAAGACCAAGCAAAAGGGAAAGUAAAAGACAAUCCCAAAGGCAACCCCAAAGAUAAAUCCAAAGAACCAAACAGCCAGAAACCCGACUGGCCUCCUCUACGCCCCCUCAUCCCCUCCUCGGACCUGCUCCUCACCCCCCUCCUCGCCGACCAGAUCUAUCUCAUCCGCAAUUUCUUCACAGCAAGCCUCUGCAAGAACUACGUGUCCUUCCUCUCAUCCCUACCUCUAGUGACAACCCCCGGCCGACCGAAAAAGGGCGACGCCGUCCGCGUCAACGACCGGUUCCAGAUCGACGACCCCUCCUUCGCAGACUCGCUAUGGGCCAUCCUCAAGCACGGUAUUCUUUCAAAUGAUUCAGAGGCAGAUACACGUCUUUGGGGGGGGAAACCUCUAGGCUUGAACCCCAAUAUACGCGUCUACAGAUAUUCUCCUGGUCAGUUCUUUGCACAGCAUUAUGACGACUCAAAUACCCUGACGCUACAUGGAGAAGCAUGUCGGACUACCUGGACACUCCUCAUCUACCUGUCGACUUGUACGGGCGGGGAAACGGUCUUCUACCCCGAUCCGAGCAGGGAGAACCGGCGUCCUGACCCGGUGGUUGUGGUGCCGGAGAUGGGCCUUGCUCUGCUGCAUCGACAUGGGGAGCGCUGUUUGCUGCAUGAGGGGGGGGAAGUCAGGGAGGGGGAGAAGUGGGUGUUACGGAGUGAUUUGGUGGUUGCUAGAUAG